AGGCUGUGGGACGGGGGGGCUGGCGGGCAUCAGGCGGAGCGCUGGGCCUGGCCUGGGGCGGCCGGGCGGCGGGCGAGGGCCGGGAGCACCAGGCCAGGGCCAGGCCCGGGGAGGCGGGCGAGGGCGGGUGCCGGGCACCAGCGGGCGGCGGGCCUGGGGCGCGGGGGGCGCGGGCGCUGCGAGGCGGAGGGGAGAGCAGGAGGGGCACCGGCAGGCGGGGGGCGGCCGCCCGCCCGGCACAGGCCUCCCAGGUCUUGCUCAGGCCCCAGGCUGCCGGGCGGCGAGGGCUUCCCUCUGACGUUUUUACUAGUCUCAGAAGGAGUGGGGGUGGGGGGUGGGGGUUGGGGGGGUGGGGGGUGGACGAGGACGAGGCGGGCGGAGAAGGGGGCUGCGGGGGACCAACGCGAAGCAGCUGCUGGGCGUCCUGGCACAGGAACGGGGCCCGGAGGCCUGGAGCCCGCGAGGCCGCAGAGACAGGGCCAUUCGGGGUGCCCGGGGCAGCCAGUGGGCAGCCCAGCCAGGAGACCCCCAGGGGCCAGAGGGGCCAGGACAGACAGACGGACGGAGGGUCACAGACCCGCAGAGAGAGAGAGGAGACGGGGAGGGGGUGUCAGAGCCGGAGACCAGCCGGCCAGGCACAGGUAGAGGCAGAACAAGAAGGGGGUGGGGGUAGAGAGAGGAGGGGAGAGGGUCCAGGGCAGGAGGAGCCGGGCCAGCGGGCAGCAGCCUCUGAAGAAGCAGCCACAGCCUCCGGCCCCAGGGCGGGGGUCAGGCCAGGUCGCCGGGCAGCCGGGCACCCACCAGCAUCAUGAGCAGCUCUGCGCUCCUGAGGAGGAGUUCUAGCAGACAGGGCCUGGAGAGCCUCCUAAGGCUCGCCGCUCAGUGGAGUGUGGAGGAUGAGGAGGAGGCCGCCCGCGAGCGGCGCCGGCGGGACAGGGAGCGGCAGCUUCGGGCUCAAGACGAAGACGAAGGAAGCCCAUCCCCAGAGCAGUCGGAGCAGGAGAAGCUCCUCAGCCCCAAGCCCUCAGAGGCCCCUGAACUGGACGAGGAUGAGGGCUUUGGCGACUGGUCCCAGAAGCCGGAGCAGCAGCGGCAGCAGCACUGGGGUGCUGGGGAGACCACGGAUGCGGGGGACCCCCCUGGGGGCGAGAGUCCGGAGGGGACGCAGGAGGACGACAGGCCCCACCAGCGCACCUCUGGGACCCAGGGUGCCGACGAGCUGAGCCCCGCUGAGGUCCGUCUGGAGGAGCUGCAUCUGAGCCCUGACUUGGAGCCCCGGGAGGGGCUGGCCGCAGAGGCCCCAGAGCCCAGCGGGCCCGAGGAGCCCGUGCAGGGCAGCCCAGGGCUGGCGGGGACCGAGGAGGCAGAGGUGCAGCACCAGAGCUGCCGACAGCCCAGGACACCCAGCCCCCUGGUCUUGGAGGGGACCGAAGUGGGCUCACCUCCCCUGAGCCCCAGCACCAAACUCAGCGACAGAACCGAGUCCCUGAACCGCUCCAUUAAGAAGAGUAACAGUGUGAAGAGGUCCCAGCCGGCCCUGCCCAUCUCCAAGAUUGAUGAGCGGCUGGAGCAGUACACCCAGGCCGUUGAGACCGCGGGCCGGACCCCCAAGCUCACCCGCCAGCCCUCCAUCGAGCUGCCCAGCAUGGCUGUGGCGAGCACUAAGAGCCGCUGGGAGACGGGAGAGGUGCAGGCUCAGUCGGCAGCCAAGUCCGCCCCCUGCAAGGAUAUUGUGGCCGGAGACAUGAGCAGGCGGGAUCUCUGGGAGCAGAAGGGAGGCCCCAAGACUUCGUCCACGGUCAAGAGCACCCCGUCUGGGAAGAGGUACAAGUUUGUGGCCACCGGACAUGGAAAGUAUGAGAAGGUGCUUGUGGACGAGGGCCCGGCGCCCUAGGCCCAUCCGCCUGCUUUCCCAGGAGCAGGGCACAGGCCAGCAGCACGUCCUGCCUCCGAGUCUGCACGCCCAGGGGAGAACCUGGUCAGGUCCACCCUCCCGCCCCCCGAACCCGACCUUGCUGAAGAAGCUGCUUCUCACACCUGCUCUCGCCCCGCAACCCUGGCCGCUCUUGCUGCGGGGCCUGCCGACCUCGCCCUCCGACGUGGCGCUCACUGCCACCACAGUUCCAGGAGGAGAGGAACUCUGGCUGUUGGUUGGUAAAGGGACCCUCUCCAGAGAAGCCACAAGCUCCCAGGGAAGGCGCCGUCAGUGCUGGGAGCGGCCACGUGCCGGAGUCUCCAGGUCAAGAGCCACAACCCCUGCCCUGCCCGCACUGUCCCCCCGCCCCCCGCUGUCCAGUAAAGCUCCCAUGUGUCUCCA